AUGACCAUUAGCCAACAAGUUCGGCGGAGCAGGAAAGCUCUCUCUGCUGCCUGGAUUGACUAUAAGAAGGCCUAUGAUUCGGUGCCUCAUUCAUGGCUGGAGAGGAUUUUGGAGUUGUAUAAGGUUGAUGCAACUCUGAGAUCCUUUUUACGCUCAUGCAUGGGGCAGUGGACUACAGUCCUUCGGCAGCCAGGUGGUGGUGAGAGGUCUCCUGAUCCAUUGAACUUCAUAAGGAUUGAGCGAGGCAUUUUCCAGGGUGACAGUUUGAGUCCCUUAUGGUUCUGCCUAGCACUGAAUCCUCUUAGCACUCUGUUAAAGGAUUCAGGGCUUGGUUAUCGGCUUCGAAGAGGGGGUGAGGUCAUUAGUCACCUGCUCUACAUGGAUGAUCUCAAGUUGUUUGCACCAAAACGACAAGACCUGGUGAAGUUGCUAAAAACCACACAGGUAUUUAGCAACGCCAUCAGGAUGGAGUUCGGUGUAGACAAGUGUGCGGUCUUACAUGUAGAGCGGGGAAAAGUUGUGAAUUCUCCGAAUUUACAACUUUCUGAGACAAUGACACUCAAAUCUCUCUCCGAAACUGAGACCUAUAAGUAUCUUGUUUUCAUUACAUCACUAGCGGUUAUAACAGCAAGGAAACUAAGACAUGAAGAUGAUUAUUGGGAUUCUGUAGAAGAUAACAGUGUGUCAGCAGAAGAUAGGAAUUGGAUUGAGUCAUUUUACCGCGGCACGGUGCCGUUUAAUUUGAAUGGCACUUUACGACAGUCUUUUGCUUUGCACGCAGCACUAGCAGACCCGAAUCGCAACCUCAUCUGCUCCCCCUUAUCGGCGCUGCUGCCGCUGGGCAAGCUGGUACUCGGCACCAGCAGGGGCGCCAGCCGGACCGAGCUGCUGAACGCUAUCGGGUACCGUAAGAUAAAGGUGAAGCGGCGCCUUCGAGCCAUCAUCAAAACCCUCAACUACCUCCCAGGAGUGACUCUAUCAAUCGCAAGCACUCUCUUCGUAUCUAAAAAUGUGAAAUUGAUUAGAAAAUACAGCGAUGAUACGUACUCAGUAUUCAAAUCAUCGGUACAGAAAGUAGAUUUUCAUAAACCCAAGGCGGCGGCGGCUCAUAUUAAUAACAUGGUAUAUGAAAACACCAAGGGCCGGAUCUCAGAAAUUCUUACACCGGCAGAUAUAUCUGCCGACACGUCCCUCGUAAUUGUUAACGCUAUUUAUUUCUUGGGUCAUUGGAAAUUUCCUUUUAAAGAAGUCACAGUAGAUUCCUUCCAUUCGCCCUACGGUGAAAGGAAACUGCCCAUGAUGAGGCGUGUAGGAAAUUAUAAAUAUACUAAAAACACUGUUCUGGAUGCCCAGAUAAUAGAAUUACCAUACGAAGGAGAGAAUGCGUCGUUCGUCAUAGUGCUUCCCGUGGCACAGAAGGGCCUGACCCUUCUCUUAAGGCAGUUAAAGUUGGCACCAGGCCUGCUCAACGACGCCAUUUCCAAGAUGAAUAUGCUCCGAGUCAAUCUUACCAUGCCUAAGUUCAGGAUAGAGACGAGCUUGGAUCUCCAAGCUUUGUACGAGAAGAUAGGCGUCAAGCACAUAUUCUCCAACCGGAACUCAGGGUUGUCGCAAAUAGUUCACAACCAAACUGUUAUGGUUUCCAAGGCCGUGCAAAAGUGUUUUAUAGAAGUCAACGAGAAAGGUUCCGAGGCUGCGGCAGCUUCUGCUCUAAUCACAAGUAAAUUAAGUAUAGCAGAACCAAUAAAAUGCCUGGUUAACCAUCCAUUUUUGUUCUUCAUAAAACUAAACGACGAGGCUGGGUUUGCAGGCAUCUUUACCGGUUCACACACAGAAGAUAACAUAGAAACCAACCUAAAAGGGCUCGAUUCUAAACCGCUCGAGUUCCUCGUGAAUCAUCAUAAGAAUGACGCACACGACUAUUUGCUACCGGUUUUCCCUCACAACGAGGAGGUUGAAGAAGAUGAUGGUGACGAUGACACAACCUACUUAGAUUAUUACGACAAAGAACUAAACUAUAAAGACUCCCCUGAUUUAGUCACACAAAGAAACGACCAUGACGUCAUUCCCAUAGAUGAUAAAAUCCCUCUUCAUACUACUACAGAUAAUUUACCGAUAUUUUUGUUGGAGCCCGAAAAUACUUAUGUCGUCAGGAAUAAACCAGCGACGUUGAAGUGUAGAGCCGCCAAUGCUUUGGAAGUAUAUUUCAAAUGCAAUGGCGUGAAGACAGAGGCUGUCAACUCUGAAUUCGUCGAUCCGCAAACGGGGGUGCGAAUUAUAGAGGGGGAGUACAAAGUGACAAGGGAAAACGUCGAUGAGUACUUUGGUAGCGAGAACUAUCAGUGCUCGUGCUUUGCUUGGACGAGCAGAGGGCAUAUUCGGAGCCAGCCCGCGACUAUAGAACUAGCCUACAUAAAGAAGCACUUCCCAAUCGCCCCCCAAACCCAACUGAUAAAGCAGUACGCAACCGCCACCUUUCGCUGCGAGCCACCCCCGGCGGCGCCGUUUGCCCAACUGUACUGGCUGAAGAAUGGCGCCCCGGUGGUGGCAGAUGAUAACGUGCAGUUGACCAAGGAGGGGUAUUUGGUAAUCAAGCAGGUUUCUUUGGUGGACAUGGCGAACUACACAUGUGUGGCAGAAAACUUGGCGGGAAAAAGAAUAUCGGAGCCAGCCCAGUUAAAAGUUAUCGUAAACGGAGGAUGGACGUCCUGGUCAGGCUGGAGUGACUGCUACUGCAUCAGCCAGGAGGGCCGCGAGAGGAGAGGGGGGCGACGGAGGGAGAGGUCUUGCACCGCGCCUCCCCCGCUGCAUGGGGGGCAGCCCUGCAGCGGGCAGGAGGUGCAGAAGACUAAGGACUGCUUGGAUUGUGAUUUAGAUAUGUACGUUGAUGGUAUGGAUGGACUAGCCGACGAAUCCACGGAUAUUUUACUAGAUCGCUGGUCGCAAUGGUCGGAGUGGUCAGAAUGUGACACAGACUGUCUGAAGACCCGACGACGGCGGUGCCUUAGCAGCAUACGGAAACCUUGUACUGGCACUGAUUACCAGGUCGCUCAGUGUCCCGUAUGCGUGAGAACAUCAAAGUCAGCACUUAUCAACGACGGUUCGUCGUACUGGCCACUCCUGAUAGCAUUGUCAAUUGCAUUCCUGAUAUUUGUUGUUGUUGUUAUAUUGGGAAUUAAGUAUAUGAAAUUUAAGAUGACUGAAAACUCUCCUUACGUGAAACCGCCUUCAGGGUCGAAUUACUUCGGAAAUGUGAUAAAGAGGACCCUCACAAACCAACCAGACCUGACCAUCCACGAGGAGUUCCACACCAUCGACUCCAGACGUACUCAUCGACACACAAACACUUCUAAUAUUAGUAGGAACGAGCAUUUGUAUGAAGUGCCUCAACUGGCUAACAGCUACAUCUCGCCCAUAGACCACGAGGUAAGAAACAGCCGCGCGCGCGCCAAGGACACGCUCCGCUCAGACCGCUCCGACUCGAGUUGCUUUUUGAGCUCGGGUUCGUCUUACGGCAACGAGAGUGUAGAGAUGUCCCCGUCACUACGGAACAACGCGUCAGUCGACUCCAAGUUCUCGCACCAUCUAGAAACUUCCAAGAUGGAGACAGCAGCGUCCAAGAUCAUGACUGCUGAAGGGGGGUGGCUGGGCUUGAGCAAGUGUGGCGUCAGUUUGUUCGUGCCAGACGGGGUGUUGGAUGGCGAGGAGCUGUUCUCGAUUGAAGUCAGCGAUGACGAGUGGAACAGGCCAACGCUGCAAGAAGGUGAGACCCAACUCAGUCCAGUGAUCCGCUGCGGCCCCAAGAACAUGCACUUCCGAAAAGGCGUGGUCCUCACAUUCCCGCACUGUGGAGCCCUAAAGAACACCAGCUGGCUGCUCUCCAUCCUCCAGAAGCCCGAGGAGAUCAACACCAGGGAGUGGAGGAAGGUCCUCACUCUCGGUCAGGAAACCCCCGGGACCCCAAUCUUCGCACAAGUCGACCCGUACAAAGUUUACCUCGUGUGCGAAUUUCUAAGCGACUUUGUUUUAGUUGGCCGAAGUUUCAGCGGUCUAGACGCCAAGUUGCUAAAGUCCGCGAUCUUUAUCUACAAGAGAACUGACGGGAAUUUUUACACCGUGAAGGUUCACGUAUUCAACGACACACCGCACUCUUUUAAUGAAUGUCUCGAAAACGAAAAACGCACCGGCGGCACUUUACUCUGCGAACCAAAGACAAUUUACUUCCAAGAGAACUGCUCCGAUUUGUGCUUUAACCUUAGAGACGUCGGCGUGGGCUGGAAAAUACAGGGUGGGAACUACCAGGAGCUCCCGUAUUCUCAAUUAUGGAACAUGAAUUCCAGAUCGAUGCAUUGCGCCUUCGAUUUGCUCCAGACUGACGCCAUCAAUUGCUUAGAGCUCAAUCUGUCUAUCCAUCAAAAACAGAAGCAGUCACAUUCUGUCAAUUUCAACCUUAAGACUAACGAUCUAAACUCGAAUUUCAAUUGUAAACGCUUUAGUUGCUCUAGUAUCGAUAUGGGGUACUCCGUGAACAUCGUUGAAAAUCCUUUUAGCUACUCGUCUUUAACAAAGAAAGAGGGUCGCUACGACUUCAUCUAUAAAAACAGUGCUAUGUAUAGGAGUAACUUUAGUGCCGACAAUAACUACCGAACUAAUGUGUUGACUAAAUCUGAUAGGGUGAUACUUUGUAAGCUUUUAGACUCUCAGACAUCGAAAGGCAACGAUUGGAGGUUGUUAGCUGAGAAAUUGAAAAUCUCUUCAUAUUACUAUUAUUUUUCCAACACUUGUUCACCGACUGAAAACAUUUUGAACCUUUGGUUGUGUAGACAUAACGACGUUAAUAUGUUAGUUAAUCUGUCGAGGAUUUUCAGGGAAAUGUCUAGGGUCGAUUGCGCUACUGUCGUGGAAAGAAGAUGUUUUCCCAAUUAAUUAAUACUGUUUGAUUAAUUUAUUUUAGUAGUUCAUUAUUAAGAUUCAUUCACCGAAGAAUUCACAAAUUAUGAUAGAUUUUACACCGUUUUCAAUUUUUGUAUUAAUUUCUAUUUCUAGUCAGUUAAACAUAACGAAGUGCUUAAAACUUUAGAGAAGUAUGUUUUAAAAACAUUAUUAGGCUGUAUAUAAAAUGUGAACCAAAAAGGAAAAUAUUGUAUUGUUUAGUUAAGAGAUAGUAUGUUUAAGGUAGUGGUUCUAAACUUUUGAUUAAAGUAAAU